CUCGAAUGGACUGGUCCUCGCAACCGUACAGGAGGCCAAGCAUGGCACUGCUGUUCCUGCCCUGACGAAUAUUUAUAUCGUGCAGAUGCGUCAGCGUAGGUUCGAGUCCGACUAUUUACUUUUGCCGCUCGCUCCUUUUCUUUGUCUUGCGACAGCGUCGAGCAUCCAUAGCUUUGUCCGCCGCAUCAAACUCGGGUCAGCUUUCCAGGCCACCCCGUUCCUCCAGUCUCGCCAAUACUCAGAUUUAACGGGAUCUGCGCGGCCCCUUCACGAUCCUUCUGCAGAUCUGGUGUGGGUAAUUUGACAUCUUGUCCGUGUCAGCUUACAUGUGGCAUCCUUGCUCGAACUGCUCACGCCAAAGCGAAUGACCUUCCGAGGUCGCACAACCCCAAGCUAAACAAUAUACACAACACAACUGGGUAGCUUGCGC